UGCGCUGGAACGACCAACGGAGCGAGGGGAUCGACAGGUGGAUGCCGUGUACACCAUCAAGCCAUCGAGUCGAGAGGGAGAGCGAAGGAGCUAGGAACGCGCGCGAAGGGACCGAAGGUAGACUUCGAUUUGGCAAUUCAGCCCCCGCGGGAACCCGCAAAAAGCGUGGAUACCCAAAUUCUCAGUGUCUGACCGUAGAUUACGAAGAUCGACGGCCAGAAACGAAGCAGCAGUGUAAUUGGGACUUGGUCCCAGGUGUUCCAGAAGCGACGAAGAGCGCCCAUUGUGAAGAGUAGGGAAGGUGCACUGCACGCGAGAGGUAGCGCGGGAGGAGUCAUAAGCCAGCGAGAGCGGAAGCAGCAGUGUAGUGAUAAAUGAUGAAGUAGUGAGUGCGCGGAGGCGAAACAUUUCGAACGAAACGUGAGAACGAUGUGUGAUGGUGAUUGAUCGCAACGAGUAGGAGCGGAGUGGUGUGAAGUGCGACGAGCCUCACCUUACCACCGUUCGAGGCUGUGUGCAGUAGCGGACCUAUAACGGUAUCAUCCUCGAGAUUUACAGGAGUGAAGGACUACUGGUGGUCAGAACUUCGUCGAAGGCCAUCGGAGCGGAGAUUAGCGAGGGACGGGACUCAAACUGUGUGGACUGCAGCGGCGCGAAAGCGAGUUGGCGCGCAGUCAAACGUAUAUCUCGUGCAGUCUAGCUGACGAGGAUUCGCGGUGGUGAUCGUGAACAGGUGGUAGGGAGCGAGAGAGCGAGGAAGGAAGGCGCUUAAUCAAGAGCUGGUUGCUGU